UUUCAUCAAGAAUGUCAAGAAAAAAAGCAACGCUGCUCGAGUAUAUUGGAAUCGCUGCACCACGAUUGCGUAGAGCUUAUCCUAGAGAGACUUGAUGUGGAUUCUCUGAUGAGAUUCAAGGCUGUAUCGAAACAGUGGAAAUCAACGAUCGACUCUCCAUUCUUCCAACGAAGACAGUUAACACAUGGUCAGCAAUCAAGAGGUAAUCCAGAUGUUCUCAUGGUCUCUUUAUAUCCUGAUGAUGAUGAAGAAUCUCUAAGAACACUGGUGUUGGGUUCAUCAUCAUCGGUCAGUAUCCCUACUCCUUGGGAUGCCGAUAACACCCGAUUCUUUGUUCCCUAUAAUAGCUGUGACGGUCUCGUUUGUCUCUACCAUCGCACAAAAUCCGGUUUUGUGGUCAACCCAACCAUUAGAUGGUAUCGCCCUCUCCCUCUCUGUAAGCUACAACAACUCAUGUUCGACUUAGGAUUUAGUUUCUACGACCUUGAUUACGUGGUCCCUAGUCUUGGUUUCGGUAAAGACAAAAUCACGGGCACAUACAAGCCCGUUUGGCUGUACAACUCUUCAGACAAGGCUACUGCCUGCGAGGUUUUCGACUUUAGCACCAACUCUUGGAGGUAUGUUUCUCCCGCUUCUCCUUAUCGGAUUUUUGGUUGCCCCGACCCUGUCUAUGUAGAUGGCUCGCUUCAUUGGUUCACCGAGUGCGAGGACGAGGAGGAACCCAAAAUUCUAUCCUUUGAUCUUCACACCGAAGCCUUUCAAGUCGUCUGUAAAGCUCCCUUUGCCGAUGUUGAUGAUUUAGAUAUCGCUAUCUGCGACCUCGACAACCGCUUGUGCGUUUCGGAGAGGAAGUGGCCCAACCAAGUGAUAUGGUCUUUCAAUUCAGCCAAUAAGACAUGGCACAAAAUGUGUUCCAUUGAUCUGGCUACAACUUCUCAAUGGUUUGGUAGAUUCACACACGUGCUCUUGCCACUAGCACUUUUGGAUGGGAAGAAGAAGUUGUUGUUUUACUGUCGUGAGCGAAGAGAAGCACUGGUGGAACUUGAUCUCCAAACCAAUACAUAUGAUGUUGUUUUUCAUGAUUUCUCCAUCGGUGAUCCUGUUUGUUAUUUCCAGAGUUUAAUCUCUAUUUCUUAAAUCUUUCUUGUUUCCACCGUUUGAUAUCUUUUUUCAUAUAACACUCUGUGAUAAUAUUAAUGGUGUAAUCUUUUUGCUUCUUUCAUCAACCGUUUCUCUAUCUAAGUUUGCUCUGCAAGUCUUACAAAAAUAUAUGGAUUUUAUGAUCCACAACCGUUUAGAAUUCAAAAUCCCAUACGUAGGAGACAAUUACAAAACCUAAGAGGCUUGUGAGAAGCAUAUCCUUCUCUAUUCUCAAGGUACUCAUUUCAAAGAUCACUUGCCUCAAAUAUAGUUCAUCAUCAGUCUUGGGAAAUUUCUUAAUCAAGCAGCGCAAACUCAUCAUAAUUCCAUUAGGCACCCUUCUUUCCCUGUCCUUUUUGGAGGAAUUUGAGGUCUCGGUGAUGGUCCUGAAGCAGCCCUAGGCUUCUCUCUUUUGGAGGUGAAGUUUCCAGUCCACUUUCCCAAUUUUGAUGAAGCAGGAGAGGAGCCUCUGCUACAGGUUUUGCCUUGUCUUCUUUCUCCUCUGGUUUACUCUUCUCUGUUCAUCAACCUGAGUUGCAGCUCCACUAGGUUUGAGAAGCCAAUCAUCUUUUAUAAGCCUUUCCGGAAUCCACCUCAUAGCCUUU